CGUCGAGAGGGAGGCGGCGGAGCGGGUGCUGCGCGCCCUGGAGAGCGGGCCCCGAGAGCUCUUCCCCGAGUUCCUGCUGGCGCUGGAGCGCGGUGGCUGCCGCCUGGCCGCCAGCUACCUGAACCCCAGCCUGAGCCAGCUGCCCUCGCCCGGGGAGGAGGCCCAGCACGACCUGUGCGUGCAGCUCGUGCAGCUGCUCUACGGCACGCUCGUGGACAACAUGCGCGCCGUGCAGGUGGCUGAGAAGUGCCUGCAGUUGGACAUCUUCACCGUGGAGGACCUGGAGCGGAUCCAGACUGCUACUGAUAAUCGUGGGAAUAGAGAAGGUGCAAGGGAGUUGCUAAGUAGAAUAGUUCAGAAGAAGGAUUGGUUCUCCGGGUUUCUGAGAGCCUUGCGUGAAACCCAACACGAAGACCUUGCAGAUGACUUAAGUGGAAAUACAGCAGGAGUAGAAAAUAAAGAAAAUGAGUUGAGUAACAGUACAAAUGAAGAAGGAGAAGUCACAAGGCAACCAGGAAGUGCUGCAGUGGAGGAUUUCAAACAGCAAGAAAAUAUGAACGAUAGUUCAACCAGUGAGACCAGUGUUUUGGAAAGCUCUUUUGCAGAGAUUUCUGUAGCUUCAGAGUCUGAUGUCCCUAUAGGGGAUGGAAGUGUCAAUAAUGUGAGUGAAAACCUGGGACAGAGCAGCAGCACAACCAGUGAUUCGGAUGAAGAUGAAGAGGACAGCAGAGUUUCACCUGAGCCAGAACUGAUCCUGAGAGAUUACCAGAUGGAAGUUGCAAAACCAGCACUGAAUGGGGAGAAUAUUAUAAUAUGUCUCCCUACAGGCAGUGGUAAAACUAGAGUGGCUGUUUACAUUACCAAAGAUCACUUGGAUAAGAAGAAAAGAGCAUCAGAGCCUGGAAAAGUUAUAGUACUUGUUAAUAAGGUCCCGUUGGUGGAACAGCAUUUACGAAAGGAGUUUCAUCCCUUCUUGAAGCGCUGGUAUCAGGUUAUUGGACUAAGUGGUGAUACUCAGCUGAAAAUCUCAUUUCCUGAGGUUGUCAGGCGAAACGACGUCAUUAUCAGCACAGCGCAGAUCCUGGAGAACUCACUAUCACAUGCAGCUGAGGAAGAGGAGGAAAGUGUCCAUUUAUCAGAUUUUUCUCUUAUCAUUAUUGAUGAAUGUCAUCACACUCAAAAGGAAGGGGUCUACAACAAUAUAAUGCGACGUUACUUAAAGGAAAAGAUGAAGAAUAGGAAGCUGGCAAAAGAAAACAGACCUCUCAUUCUACAGCCUCAGAUUCUGGGCCUUACAGCCUCACCUGGUGUAGGAGGUGCAACAUCCCAUGCGAAAGCUGUAGAACAUAUUCUGAAAAUCUGUGCCAAUCUUGAUGCAUGUAGAAUCAUGACUGUUGAAGAACAUGCCUCCCAACUGAGGAAUCAGGUGAAGGAACCAUAUAAGAAGACUGUGAUUGCAGAUAACAAAAGAAGGGAUCCAUUUAGAGAGAAAAUUAUCGAGAUCAUGACAGACAUUCAAAACUAUUGCCAGCUCCAUCCAAAAUCGGAGUUUGGAACUCAGCCGUACGAGCAGUGGGUGAUUAGAGAGGAGAAAAAAGCGGCAAAAGAAGAAAAACGCAAGCAACGUGUCUGUGCAGAACACUUGAAGAAAUACAAUGAUGCUUUGCAAAUAAAUGACACUGUUCGAAUGGUUGAUGCAUACAAUCACCUGCGUAGCUUUUAUAAGGAGGAAAAAAGCAAAAAAACAGUAGUGAGUGAUGAUGAGGAUGAACCAGCAGUAUCAAAACAGGACGAAACUGAUGAAUUUCUAAUUGGUUUGUUUUAUGCAAAAAAGAAACAGCUGAAAAGGUUUGCUGAAAAUCCCGAAUAUGAAAAUGAGACACUAACAGAGUUGCGAAACACUUUAAUGGAGAACUUCACAAAGACCAGUGAACCGAGGGGAAUUAUUUUCACCAAGACCCGGCAUGGUGCUUCUGCUCUGUUCCAGUGGAUUAAAGAUAACAAAAAAUUUGAAGAAGUAGGAAUUAAGGCCCAAUAUCUUAUUGGUGCUGGGCACAACAGUGAAACUCAACCUAUGACUCAGAAUGAGCAAAGGGAAGUAAUUGAUAAAUUCCGAGAUGGAAGAGUAAAUUUACUCAUUGCUACUACUGUAGCUGAGGAAGGCCUAGACAUCAAGGAGUGCAACAUUGUUAUUCGCUAUGGCCUUGUCACCAAUGAAAUUGCUAUGGUGCAGGCUCGUGGUCGAGCUCGAGCUGACGAGAGCACCUAUGCCCUUGUGGCUUCAAGUGGCUCAGGAGCUGUUGAACGUGAGGAUGUUAAUAAUUUCCGUGAGAAAAUGAUGUAUAAGGCCAUUCGGAGUGUCCAGAAGAUGCCACAAAAAGAGUACUUGGAGAAGAUUCAGACCUUCCAGUUGCAAAGUCUAAUGGAAAAAAAAAUGAAGGCAAAAAGAGAUCAGUGUAAGACAUAUAAGAAAAAUGCUUCACUAAUAAAAUUCCUAUGCAAAAAUUGCUACAAGAUGGUAUGUUCAGGAGAGGAUAUACAAGUUAUUGAAAAUAUGCAUCAUGUCAGCGUGAAAAAAGAUUUUCAAAGCCUUUACCAUACAAGAGAAAAUAAGACACUGCAAGAAAAACAUGCUGAUUACCAGACAAAUGGGGAAAUUACAUGUAAAGACUGUGGACAAGCUUGGGGAAAUAUGAUGGUUCACCGAGGUCUUGACAUGCCUUGUCUAAAGAUUAAAAAUUUUGUGGUUGUGUUUGAAGACAAGAAAACAAGAAAAGACAUUUUUAAGAAAUGGGGAGAACUGCCAGUCCGGUUCCCUGAUUUUGAUUAUGCAGGUCAUUAUCUUUCAAGUGAUGAGGAUUAGGGACUCUGAAGAGGGGCUUUUAUUUUCAUCAUGUGUUUUUCUGACUACUGAU